AUGAGCUCCCAGGUCCGCCAGAACUACCAUGCCAAGAGCGAAGCCGGCAUGAACCGCCUGGUCAACCAGCUCCUCCACACCAGCUACACCUAUUUGUCCUUGGGUUAUUAUUUCACCCGGGACAAUGUGGCGCUGUCCAAGUUUGCGUCCUUUUCCCAGCACGUGUCUGAGGAGAAACAUGAACAAGCUGAGAAACUCCUGACCUUUCAAAACCAUCAUGGGGAGAGAGCCGUUCUGCUGGAUGUCAAAAAUCCAGAACAGGACGAAUGGGGGAACAGAGCCUCUGCUGUGGCCUUUGCCCUUCAGGUGGAGAAGAGCGUGAACCAGGCCCUGCUGGAUUUGCACAAGCUUGCUUCUCGCCAUGUGGAUCCUCACACAUGUGACUUCCUGGAGACUCCCUACCUCGACGCGGAGGUGAAGCUGAUCAAGAAGGUGGGCUAUCACAUGACCAACCUGAAGCGGGUGUGAGCCAGCAAGGACGGCCUGGGCGAGUACCUCUUCGAUCGCCUCACCUUGGGCGAGUCCAGCGACUGAGCAGCGGAGUGCUGGCUCCCUCCAGAGUCCUCCGGCCAACUUGCCCAGCUGUGUUGCUCUG